CUUUUAAGUGCUCACAACAGUUUUCAACGCAGGAAAUACACGACAAAUACGAUCUUCUACACGUCGUUUUAAAUCGUUUUCUUCUGUGGCAACGAGAGAAUCGAUCAUCUUCAAUCUUGCAUCUUGAGCUGCGAAAAAGUAAUCAAUUUACAGUAUAGAAUGAGUAGAUUUGGAUCACUGGCGGACGGUUCCCUGGGACUGAUGAACUGCCGAAGAUCAGGGCCGCCAAGCCUGGCGUCUUCGCGACUAUCGGACGAGCUUUCAUCGUUGCGACCAAGUACGGAAGUGCAGCCGAACCUGAGCGCGACCCGCGAUGCAUCUCGGGAAAAGUACCAGCUCGGAUCUUACGGGUACGGUAAAAACCACGUAAAGCUCCUCUACGUGCACCGGGAUAGCACCCACCACGAAAUCCGCGAGUACGAGGUCGACACCCACCUCAGGCUCUCGACGCAGAAGGACUACUUCGAGGGUGAUAACGAGGACAUAAUAGCCACGGACAGCCAGAAAAACACCGUCUAUCUGCUGGCGAAAAAACAUGGCGUUCAAACGCCAGAGGAAUUCGGGAUACUAGUCUGCGCCCAUUUUCUCUACACCUAUCGUCACGUCGCCGAAGUCAACGUCAACGUCGAGGAAUAUCCUUGGCAGCGUCAUCUCGUCGAUGGCGAGCCACACAAUCACGCCUUCGUCUUCACCCCGACGGCCACGAGGUACUGCCAAGUGACUCAGCUCCGCAAUGAAUCACCGAGGAUUCGUGGAGGGCUGAAAAAUUUACGCGUUUUGAAAACAACCCAGAGCUCGUUCACGGAUUUCAUUCAAGACGAGUACCGAACCUUGCCUGAUAUGAAUGACCGCAUAUUCAGCACCGAGGUAACCGCAUCUUGGGAUUUCUCGACGGCAACCGGAGUGGAUUUUGACAGGGUGUGGAGGACAGUCAAGGACUGCAUUCUCAGCAAUUUUGCCGGACCCCCGAAAACCGGAAUCUACUCACCGAGUGUGCAGAACACCUUAUACCUUGCGGAAAAAUGCAUCUUGGAUCAAGUUGACCAGAUCUACAGCAUCGAAAUGAGGAUGCCAAACAAGCAUUACUUCACCCUCGACUUGAGCAAGUUCCCGAAGCUGGUCCAGGGCGAGAAUCAAGAGGUCUACUUGCCGGUAGACAAGCCUUCUGGAAUUAUUUAUGCACAACUUGACAGGAAAGCGGUAGUUUCGAAAUUGUAACUGUACGUUUAGAUCGUUUGAAAUUCAAAACUCGUGUUGAAAACUGUUCAACACGCGUUAUCUUAGCCUGUAAAGUAUAUAAGACUUUAAUAAUUUAAUUUGUAAUCUU